CUGCAAAAUGCUUUUCUGUGCCCACUUUAUCUGUCUGCUGUUGGGUGGUGAGCAGGUAGUGGAGUUUUACCCUGAACAUAGCUGCCAGCUGAGUCUGAAAGCAACACAGGUGACGGCAGUGAAAUUAAAUGAUAAAGUUGCAGCAUUACAAACCAAAACAAUAAACUCAAAGAGGCUAAAACACUCACAGAGAGCUGCAGGUCACUGCAUGGUCAGGCGAUUAAUGUCCAUUGAUCACCAGGUCACUUCAGAUACUUGCUCCUAACAAGGCAAACUUUGUGAAGUGUUCUCAGCAAAUAAUGUUUUAUAAGUUUUAAUAAUCAAUUCUUGAAAUGAGCUUCAGGGCGUUUUAAUUAAAAUGCAGUUCCAGACAAAUUAUUGACGAUUCCGACUGCGGAUUUACAUUUAUUAAAAAAAAAAACAAACAAAAAAAAACUUUUAGAAACAGCCGCAAACUUAUCGACCUUUAAAGUAUUUCACAAUGAAACAGGUAGAAUUAUUCUGAAGUGAAUAACGGGGAAUGUAUCUCAAAAGUAAGGUGAUUAAAAAGCAAAAUCUAUGGUGGCCCUGAAGGUUUAAACGCAACACCAUUUCAGAAAACACAACAGCACUUUGUUGGGUUUUCUGGGAUGUUGUUGUGUUUUGUGAAAUGUUGUGUUUGAACCUUCAGGGCCACCACCCAUGACAAACAGUGUAAGAAUACUGUAAAUCUGGUCAAUAUGAAUUAAACAGAAAGAGAAGAUAAACACAUCAACAAAUACAAACAGCUGACCGUCCAGAAAUGCAAGAUGAUUGUAAAUACGGUAAAAACACUGCAGGGAUAAUGAUUUCUGUGGAGAAGGAGGAUAAACAUGGGACACAACUUGACACUAAAAGGUUUAAUCUUUCGAGUGUCAUAUUAUUGAUCUUAAAAGUCAUUAACAAACCUAUUAAAUGCAACUGUUAAAGUGAUUCCCUGACACCAGUAACUCCAUUUACAUUGAGUUUUUACCCAGUUUGACUGUGUCACAACAGGUCUUUCACUUUCUCAGUGACAAGCUAUGGGAAAUAUCACCACCGUUGCCAUUUUGUGCGGAUGUCAGAUAUUUAAGGCGCCUGUCGUGAAACCUGAGGUGACAUUUCAGUAGCUUCUGGAGGACUUAAUGUACAUGCAUUUCCUCCACAAAGUCACUAGGUUGUAAAGAGCCAUUGAGAAAAAAAAAGAAAAAGAGAAAGAUGCUUGAUGCAGUGUGACAGCCAAAGUGUUGGAUAGAGUUUCACAUUCUAUAUAUAAGCCUGGUGACUUGUGUCCCUGCUGCUCCGUUUAAAUGCCAGAGCCACACUGUCAAAACAGAGUGAGGGGGCGCAACAAUAUGAUGGACCUUUUUGAGACCAACACUUAUCUUUUUAAUGAUUUGCGCUACUUGGAAGAAGGAGAUCAUGGACCACUGCAGCACCUGGACAUGUCGGGGGUGUCUCCUCUGUACAACGGCACUGACAGCCCGCUGUCUCCGGGCCAGGAUAAUAAUGUUCCGUCCGAGACCGGCGGGGAGAGCAGCGGGGAGGAGCACGUCCUUGCGCCCCCGGGUCUCCGUGCGCACUGCGAGGGCCAGUGCCUCAUGUGGGCCUGCAAGAUCUGCAAGAGGAAGUCGGCGCCCACGGACCGACGCAAGGCCGCCACGCUCAGGGAGAGGCGGAGGCUCAAGAAGAUCAACGAGGCCUUCGACGCGCUGAAGAGGAAGACCGUGCCCAACCCCAACCAGCGGCUACCCAAGGUGGAGAUUUUACGCAGCGCCAUCAGCUACAUCGAGCGGCUGCAGGAGCUGCUGCAGACGCUGGACGAGCAGGACAAAAGCGGAUCAUCCCACAGCUUUAAUGGCAAAGAGCACAGUGUGGCCAGUCAUGAGUAUCACUGGAAAAAGUCCUCGGAGAGCUGGUCGACCUCUGCUGACCAUUCCACUGCAGCAAUGACAAACCAGAGAGACGGAACAAAUGAAUCUUCGGCGUCCUCCAGCCUUCUCCGUCUGUCGUCCAUCGUGAACAGCAUCAACAACGACGAGAAAAUCAACUUCGGCGGGGAUGCCUCAGUAAACUGAAACAUUUGAACAAGACCUUGACAGGAAAACAAUCGUUGAAUUUAACAUUUUCCAUUGCUUUUCUCUAAAUUAUUUCCACUAUAUUCAGCCAAUUCUGGCUUCUGUUUGUUUAUGUAGCCUUUGUUUUUACAGCAGGAGCGACAGAUUGUACAUAUUUUAUAAGAAUGUGAUGUUUAGAUUUAUUUAUUUUAUAUUCAGAUGCACACAAACUCUCUGGGGAAGAUGAUAUUUUAUUUAAGUAUUUGUACAUAACUGACCAAGAGAAUAAAUUGCGACUUUUGCAAUACUAAACCGCUGUGUGCCUCGUUCUUUAAGGGCUGGAAGAGUCUCAGACCACAUGUAUGUUGUUCUGACUUGAUAUCACAACACUAACACCAGUUCUCCACCAGUUUCCUUCUCUUCUCCUUGAAUCUGAGACCGCUGCAGCAAGGAAAAUCGCAAAGUAUUUUGAAAAAUAAAAUCUGAAAUUGAAGAAAAACUUUCAGAACUU